UUUACCAUCUAUGGAUAGGUCCAUAGUCAUAAAUCAACCAGAAUGUUUACAAAUUCAACUCGCCCAACCGUAUAUGCUUAGAUCAAUGAGGAUACUGCUUAAUCGUGGCGAAAGCCGAGCCUGUGGUUACACUAUUCAUGUUUCGGUCAAUGAUGAAGAUUGGGAUAUUAUUGUAGAUAAAUCUAAGGAGUCGACCCUAUCAUGGCAGUUGUUAAAAUUUGAUCCAAGACCGAUAGUGUAUAUACGUGUUACUGCCGUUCGCACUUCAGAAAAUGACAAACUGUUUAAACGUAUAAUUUUGGUGGCACCUGCUGAAGUAUAUUUUAACGCUAUCCCAAAACAGUAGUGGUCGAUACCGCAGCUUUUACGUCC